AUGGCAGAUAACAAGCAACCACAAUUGAACGGUGCAUACUACGGCCCCGCCAUUCCACCACCACCACAACCCCGUCCACACCACCAACGAAGCAGAAGCUGUUGUUGCUGUCUCUUCAGUUUCUUCUGGAAGCUCCUUGUCACACUCAUCGUUCUUGCUGGUCUCGCUGUUCUUAUCUUCUAUCUCGUUGUCCAUCCCCGCCCCUUCAAAUUCUAUGUAACAGAAGCCAAUCUAACUGAAUUCGACAACAAAAACAACACACUACACUACAACAUGGUUCUCAAUUUCACAGCACGUAACCCAAACAAAAAACUCAGCAUCUAUUACGACAAAGUUGAGGCUCUAGCAUUCUACGAAGGGGAGAGGCUUACUAAUAAUGUUGAUGUGAUCACACACAUGAACUCAUUUCGUCAAUAUAAGAAGAGCAGUGACCCCAUGAGCGUUGUUUUCUCAGGACAAAAACUAAUGUUGCUCGGCAAUGAUCAAGUCUCUGAGUUCAACAAAGAUAAGAGUGUUGAGGUUUAUGAUAUCUAUGUGAAACUAUACUUCAGGAUUAGAUUCAGACUUGGAGAUUUGAUAUCAGGUGAUUAUAAGCCCAAGGUUAAAUGUGAUCUAAAAGUCCCUUUGAAUUCUAAAAACUCCAAUGCAUCGUUUACUUCGUUUGUGCCAUCCAAGUGCCAUGUUGAUUUCUACUGA